CUCUCUGCCCUCACUGCUGUCCUUCCAAAGGGACCCAGACUCCUUCCUGAAGUCUGCACGUCUCCAGCGCCUGCCCUCAUCCUCAUCAGAGAUGGGAAGCCAGGACGUGUCCCCUCUCCAGGAGACCAGCAAGGACCCUUUUUCUGGGGACUGCAGCUGCCGACAGGAUGGGCUGACUGUAAUCAUCACUGCCUGCCUGACCUUUGCCACAGGGGUCACGGUGGCCCUGAUCAUGCAGAUCUAUUUUGGAGACCCUCAGAUCUUCCACCGAGGCGCUGUGGUCACAGACGCUGCCCGCUGCACAGCACUUGGCAUCGAGGUGCUCAACAAGCAGGGCUCCUCGGUGGACGCGGCCAUCGCCUCGGCCCUCUGCGCAGGAAUCAUCAACCCCCACACGUCGGGGAUUGGUGGGGGUGGGGUGAUGCUGGUGCACGACAUCCGGAAGAACAGGAGCUGGGUGAUUGACUUCCGUGAGGUGGCUCCCCUGGGCAUCCCGCUGGAGGGGGACCUGCAGAAGGACACCAAGCCAGGUCUGCUCGUGGGGGUGCCCGGCAUGAUACAAGGAAUGCACCAGGCGCACCAGUUACAUGGGAGACUCCCGUGGUCAGAGCUGCUGGGCCUCGCAGCCAGUGUCGCCCAGGAUGGGUUUAAUGUCACACAUGAUUUGGCCAAAGCCAUAAGUGAGCUCAAGGACCUGAACUACUCUGACAAAUUCCAGGAGACCUUCCUGCCGGACGGCCAGCCCUUGCUGCCCGGCACGUUUGUCAGGCGCCUGGACCUCGCGGCCGUCCUGGAGCUGGUGGGUGCAGAAGGGGUGUCAGCUUUCUACAGCGGAAACUUGACCCAGGAGAUAAUCUCCGAGGUCCACAACUAUGGAGGAGUCUUGGUGGAGGAAGACUUCAGCAAUUACAGUGUCACAGUGGAGAAUCCUGUCCACACAGUCUACCGAGGUCAUCUUGUUUUCAGUCCCCCACCUCCGCAUGCAGGUCCUGCACUGAUCACAGCACUGAAUAUCCUUGAAGACUUUAACAUCACAAGUCAAGUAUCCAGGGGGAAUAUCUUGCACUGGAUGGCAGAGACAUUAAAAAUAGCUCUGAGUCUAGCUAGCAACCUGGGAGACCCAUCUGAUGAUGUAUCCAUCACUCACGCCGCAGAAGGCAUGGUGAGUAAAUCAGAAGCUAAUUCCCUGCGCCAGCUGAUUAAUGACUCCCAGUCCUUCUCGUCUGAUCUUCAUGUGCCUCACUUCUCCAUGGAUAGUGGACCUGCUGCUAGCCAAGUCCUUGUCAUGGGACCCGAUGACUUCAUUGUUGCAGUUGUAAGUUCUUUGAAUCGUCCCUUUGGCAGUGGAAUAAUAACAUCCUCUGGAGUCCUCCUGAACAGCCAGAUGUUGGACUUCUCCUGGCAGAAUAAAACACUGAAUCACUCCAUUCCCAGGCCGCAGAAUCUCAUUCAGCCUCGGAAACGGCCCCUGUCUUUUCUGUUGCCCACCAUCGUGAGACCAUCGGAGGGGAUGUGCGGGACGUACCUGUGUCUGGGAGCUAACAAUGGGGACAGAGCCUUGAGCAGCAUCGUGCAGGUUUUGGUAAAUGUUUUAACAUUUAACAGGAAUCUGAGUGAAAGUUUGUCACUUGGUCGACUUCACCCACAGCUUCAGUCCAACACCUUGCAGGUUGACAGUGAGUUUCCUGAAGAAGAUAUUGAAUUUCUUGUAUCCAGGGGCCAUCAAGUGGAUAAAGUCAAAGUGGUCUCCCUAGUUCAUGGGGCCAGGAGAACCAACAGUUUCAUCAUUGGCCUGAAGGACCCCAGGAGCAUGGAUGCUGCUGGAGCCACAAUAUUGUAGCACCUCCCAGAUGACAUGUGCACUGAACAAGGCUUAGACAAAUCGACCCAAGUGACGUGCAUGUUCUGAAAUGACCCCUGCUCCAUUUCCAGGGCUGGAGCCCCACAUACACACUGCUGAGUAGACUUUCUGUAUUCCCCUCCCAGGAUGACACCGGAGGAGUUAGUAGCACAAACAUGCAGCACCCUGAUUUUUUUCUUUUAUUUUUAAAUUAUUUUAAUUGCAAGCAGCCUGGUCCUUGUUACAGGAAUGCAGGGAGCACACCUCUUUUGGCAGAGUCUUGUUAGUAAUUUUAGUCUUUUCAAAAGCCUAAUUCUAGCCAGCAUCUUAAUUUUAGUGAGCAGGAACAUUAGCAAAGGAAAAAACAGCUGAUGAUGAUACUCAUCUCCCUGUCAUCUUCAUCUCUCUGUCUUUCCCAAGUUCAUUCUUUGCCUCUUGUGUAAGUCAGUAAUUAGUACAGCCUAAUGUAGUGUUUGUAGGUGCCUGGAGCUGGAAUAUCAGUGAGUCCUUUAAUACUCUGUAUUUUUAUAUAUAUAUAUAUAUAUAUAUAUGGGCCAGCUGAUUUUUGCCAGUGUGCAGCCUCCUGUGUUAGUUCCUUUUCUCACAUCACUACAUACUUUGAAUUUCGGGAGUAAAUAUUUUGAAUCAAGUCACUGUGCAGACUCACUGGCAGUCUCAUUUUGUAACUGGAGCAAUGGUUUUCAACUUUUAACAACUUGUAGAUCCUGCAAUAGUUUUCUUACAGAGGUUCAGCCUCCUCUAUGGUGAAUUUAAACUUAGUGGUAAUGGGCUUAAUUUUCUUAGAUACUUUCUGGAGAUAUAUUAGCAGUACUCCACAGACUUGUAAAAAUCUACAGACUUGGAAAAAUCCACAGACCACAGACUGAAAACCACAUGGAGAGCAUUUAGGUAGGUUCAGGACUUCCCUCACACUGCCUUAUCUCAGUCUGCUCUGAAAGCUUCAAUCAUGUAAUCCCUGCAGAGAGGCUUGGGAUUUUCUGCUUACUACAUUCAUGUCUGUACUUCAGCUCCAUAUUUUGAUACCGGUGGCUCUACUGGAAAAGUUGAAGAGAGUGAGAGAAAAGGUACAAAACAAACUAAACACUACUGAGAUAAUUUUCUGUCUGCAGCAUGUAAUGCAAAUAUAUAUAAAUAUAUAUAUAAAAUAUAUAUAAUAUAUAUACAAGAAUACUUCUGCAUUUCUUGUCUGAAAUAUAGUGAAGAAAUAAUAUCACAACUGACAGCUGCACCACUUCAUUCAACCCACAUUUGGACAUUUCUUUCUCUUUUUACUAACAAGUUAGACAGAGACACCUGGCACUAAAAAAUUCUGGAACUGAUCGUUUUCUGUGGUCUAAAAUUUGAUAAUUUCCUUCAUGGUGCAAAUGCAUCCAUGGCCACUGUACAUAUUAUAUAUGUAUGUCUGCUUAUGGUUGUCUUGGUCUUUCAUUUGAUGAUUAUACCAGUCACCCCCAACCUUCCUCCCGAGGGGCCCCAUAACACCCCUCUAUAACACACCUUCUAAUGCUUGUUACCAUUUGACAUGGGGAGCGUAUAGGUCAUUUUGGGGCAGUCAGGGCUCUACAGCAGAUAAUCGGACUAAUCGUUUCUGCCACCUGUCAGCUGAUGAUCUCAAAGCAUCUUACAUGAGGCGGUGCACGUUGUGCCGAGGAAGGGCAGAGAUGCUUUUACGCUUCGCUGAGGCGCAGCCACCCAUGAGAAGAGCAGAGCAGCUCCCUAGCAGAGGGGAAGUUUGAUGGUAUUUGCUGUUACAAAUCUAUCAAUGGCCUCAGCUGAGAGACAGGGCAAGUACAACAUGGUCUUUGGGAAAUUGUCUUCUGUGCCACCACACUGCCCAUAGGGCAAGAAGAGACUUUCUUCACCAUAGGGACAUCAACUCUAUUUAUUGAUUUUUCUGUCAUCAGCACUAGAGUUGGUCACUGUCUGAAGCUGGAGUGUUCAUAAAACGACGUGUCUUGGAGCAGACCUCUUCAGGAUUCAUGGGAAGGGGACGAUGCACUUUUGUGUGUUGAAUCUUGACUGGUGGAAAUUUGGUGUUUUCUGGUAUGGUACAGCAGUGAUCUGUCCCUUGGGCACAGAGGUUUACUGUGCACAGCUGCAAAAUAAGUGGUCAAGUCAUUGCUUCAGUAUUUUGCAUGGCAUAUAACAAAACACUUGAGAGAUAAGAUUCUUCCUUAUUAACUGAAUUCACCAACUCACUUCUGAUGCUGGAAACCAUGUAUUCAUUUGCGAGUUAAAGACUCUGGUCUUGAUUCAAAAGGGCGCUUACAUGACCCAAGGUACAAUUUCACAGCAAUUAUCCAGAAUCUUAAAAUAAAGCAUGUUCCUAAGUGCUCUGCUGGAUCAUGGCCUGUGUUGCAAAAAAGAGAAAAUUUAAAAUAAUUGGAAGAUGGGAAGAUGGCCCCUAGGUCACGGCUAAGAGACAUAAAGAUAUUUUCAAUUAUUUCCCAGUUUCUUUGUUUAAAAACAGAAUCAGUAUAGCACAGAUGUAUUCAAUACUGAAACCUUUAAUCUACUAAUUGGCUCAGUGUCUCUGAUACUUGAGUCCAUCUGUUGUGAUGAGAGCUGAUUAAUUUCAUGUGAGGUACCAAGAAAAACCUGAUGUUUCCUUCUGUACAGGUGAGAUGAUAGACAUUGUGAAAUAAAGGGCCGUAUUCUGGAGAUGUGUGUGUGCAGAGUAACUGCACUGAUUUCAACCUGGCUAUUGCAGACAUCUAGCAGCUCUGAAGCAGAAUUUGUCCUGAAACUUUUACAUGAAAGUGUCAGUAAGGAGCUCAGAACACAAAAUACAAAAUAUAAAGUGUCUGAGAAAAACAAUAAAGAAAAUUUUUAAAGGAAUGAAAUAAACCCAAACAAAAUAAAGAAAAAAGAUGCCUUUUCCAAAUGUGACUGUUAUGAUCUGGAGUGUGAUCAGCUCGUCUCUGCCCACAUUUGCAUUGCUUCCUGUCGACGCAUGCUGGUUUUUCAUUGGGAUAAGCUGCAGACAGGCUCUGCUGCUACAUGUUAACUCGGUUUAGCAGUAUUUCUCACGAAGUCUUGAUGCCGUUCACGAGCACAGGUAACGGGCAGUGCUUCUCUAGCCUUAGGUACCACUGUUCACCUGUGUGCAUCGAGCUGUGUGUAAAGCCUAAAGGGGAGACAACACAGAAGUCAGCACCACCGUCCUGCAGCUGUGGGGAUGAGGAUGCUCUGGCCCCUCAGCUGCACUAUUUUGUUUCCAUCACUGUCCUAUUCAGUGCCCAGAUGCUGCGAGGGGAUGGAGCCUGCCCUGCUCCCACCGGCCGGGAUGGGACAGAUGCUGCUGUGGUUGUCAGGGUGGGUAGAUCCACGCUGCCAGUGCGGCUUGGCACCGCACCCGCCACAGGUGCAGAGGAAGGGCCGGGGUUCCCCUGCUGUCCCUGGGCACGGGUGUGAGACCAGCCGAGGAGCAGCCCUGGGCACGCCGUGUGUUUCUGCACUCCAGCCAGCAGCUCGCCCCACCCUGUGCCUGGGGGGAGCGGGGGCUGCCGGGGCAGGUGAGGGCAGAGCAGCCGCUGCGGCUGUACCUGGGGCAGCGGGUGCAGGUCCCUGGUUUUCAGGGAUGACGACCGGUGUCCUGCAGCUCUGCUGCAGCUCUGCCAGCAUCUCUCUGAGGAGUUCCUCAGCUGGGGUGGGGGUCCAAAAGAGCCUGUUCAGUGUGAGCUGGUCGGCUAAGCUGCCAGGGGAGAGCUGCACCCCCCAGAGUGCUGCUGGGUCCCUCUGGCUGGACCAUCUCAGAGCCUCCUUCCACCUGCUGCACAACUCGACAGGCUUCCACGGGCUUAUGCUGAACACUGACUUGUCGGAGAGAGAAGGGAGUCAGGCCUCGGUAAAUACCAUGAGAUGAAACCUGCAGCUCUUUCAUGAACAAAUCAAAAACACUAAAGAUUUUGUGAAGUUUUGCAAAAAAUCAGGUGAAGUAGGAAGAGCUCCUGUAACACACAGGUAUUUUCAUCACAGUGGUUUUGGAAAGAUCCUUCGUCUUCAGUGGUGGACAUCUGCACACUAACCAGGGAAAGCAGAGCUCUGACAGGCAAAGCUGGUUCCCAGAGAGAUAGGGCACGAUCUAAAAAUGAAACAUCUGUGCGGAGAGGAGAAGAGCUUCUGGAGUGGGAGCACUUGAGCACUGAAACAUGCUGCCCAAGAAGGGCCCUCCAGUGGCCACAGCAUUUUUAGAUGCAGCCUGUCCUCGCAGAGCUGACCCUGCUGCUUAGGGGGGAAUAUCCCAUUUGACAACACCUGCUUUAUCCUCCAGGACUGUCCCCAGCACAGCCGGGGGCUCCCCAUCCGGCCGCUCUCAUCUCUCCACCUCCUCGAAGUCGAGAAGGAGAGGAUGACUCCUGUGUAUCUCCACACUACCUACUGUGUCUGUAGCCAAUUGCCCACCGUUCUCUUUCCUGCCACACUCAGUCUUCACAAAAUCCCAGAUCAAAAGCGAUUGUGACUGCAAUGCAAAAAGUCUCCCUUCUCUCUAAGGUAUUGUACCACUAUUAGAGGAGAAAUUAUUUUGUUCAAGUCAUUGUAUAAUACUUAAGUUUGGAAAAAUCUGAAACUGGUCAUGAGUCUACCUACUUCUUUUGUAUAAUACCUUUCCUGUGAACGUACUGCCAUAUGUAAAUACAUGUAAAUAUAACCACAAUUUUGAUUGUCAUGAUCUCAAAUGCAUUUCUGUGUUCUGUUUGCAGACAAUGGAGGAGCUCA